UACUCAAGUCCGGUAGCAUGUGGAUGUUUUCAUCCUAGCACGCGUGUAUGGUUUCUGACUGACGCUACAAUUGUUUCAGCCUAUGAUUUUGUGCUACUUAAACGUUUAAUAUGGCAAAAACAGACGCUACGAGACGGAGAAAAAAACAGAGCAAAGUUGUACAAGAGGACACAGCUGACACUGAUCGUCAGACGGACACUGUGAUAAAAGUUAAAGGAAAUGCCCCCACAGUAACUGUAUCCUGGAAGAAGAAGAAUGAGGAAGGAGAGGAUGAUGACACACAAACGACACUUGAUGCAAGCGAUCAGAUGACUGGUUGUGUAAAUGGGAAACAAAAAGCAGUUAAGAAUCGCCCAUCCAAGAAAUCGAAGGUCAACAAUGACGGAUUUCGUAUUUGUGUUGGCAACCUGAACAAAACUAAAACCUAUCAAGAAGUCAACGAGUCACUAGAAAAAUACUUCAUGUCGCAAAGCCUUCUGUUUCAAGACAUCCAAUUAGACCAAUCCAGGAAACAUGCUUUUGUAGAUUUGGCCACCGAAAUGGACUUGACGAAAGCGUUGGCGUUAAACGGAGAGAUCCUUCUCGAUAAGCCAAUGAAAAUCACCAAAGUAAAGAUCACAAGUGAGGACAAGGCGAAGGUGAACGCAAGCUCACUGGACAAAAAAGUAAAUGGUAAAAGGAAGGCAGAACCGGUCAUUGAGGAUUCCCCAUCAAAGAAAGCAAAGCACAUCAAUGAAGGAUUUUGUCUUUUCGUUGGUAACCUCAACAGCUCUAAAAAUUCUGAAGAACUGAAAGAGUCACUAGAAAAAUAUCUCAUGUCACAAAAUCUUCUGUUCAAAGACAUCAGAUUGGACCAAUCCAGGAAACAUGCAUUUGUAGAUUUGCUCUCAGAAAUGGACUUGACUAAAGCCUUGACAUCAAAUGGGGAGGUGCUGCUCGAUAAACCAAUGGAGAUCGCCAAAGCAAAGAUCAAAAGUGCAGAAAAAGUGAAGGUGAAAUCUCCUGAACUAAAAAAGCAAGCCAGAGAUGCCAGAUGUUUGUUUGUAAAGAACUUGCCUUACAACGCAACGAAGGAAGACAUUCUGAAGAUCUUCCACAAGGCCAUCGCCAUCCGGUUUCCUGGUGGAACUGAAGGCCCAACCCAAGGAAUUGCCUUUUUGGAGUUCAAAAACACAGGCAUUGCUAGGAAGGUACAGAAGCAAAAACAAGGAGUGACGAUCCGAAAGAGGGUUUUGAUUUUGAGCUGUGUAGGAGAAAAAGGUGUUUGUAGAGUCACUAAAGCUGAUGUGGAAAACAAAAGGAAAAAAGAUAAAAAGGCCUUGCAGUCAUCCCAAAAUAUUGAGGCCGGCAAAAAAGAAGCCACAGAAGAAUCGUGUGAAAAGCCAGAGAAAGCAAAGGUCCUGUCAAAAACACUGAUCGUCAUGGGCCUCGCUGAGAAAACGAGUCCAGAGAUGCUCAAAAGUGUCUUUGAAGGUGCCGUCAACGCAAGAGUCACUGUAAAUAAGAAAGACGUUUCAAAGAGGUUCGGCUUUGUGAACUUUGGCAGCGAUGAAAGUUGCAAAGCUGCCAAAGAGGCUAUGGAGGACUGCGAGCUAGAUGGCUGCAAAGUGACUAUCGCUUACGCAUAUCCCAAGGGUAAAAAAAGUCGGCGAGCCUAAGGAGGCUUGGAGGGGGAUCCCGAUGGAAAAUCUGCAAGUCUGUAAGCUGGCAAAGAAGGAAGAAAGUUGACAGGUGGAAGAGCGAGGACAGGAGGAGGACUUUAGCUUCACUGUAGCGCUUUACUGUCUUUUACUUCAUUGUUUUGUUUUUGUUUUGCUUCUUUGCUCAAACCUUGAAUUAAAUCCACUGUAGUCCA